AUGGGUGCUGCUGGUGAUAUCAGAGCUCGCCUUAGGGCCAAAUUCAUCCGAAGAAACUCGGCCGCCCCCUCGCUAGCAUCCACCAACGGCACCAACGGCGAUGCUCACAGCUCGCUCACGCGGCAAUCCUCGGCCGCUGGAACCGCCUCCAGCUCCCAACAUCUGCACCAGCCCCAUCACCAGCCCCAGUCUCAGUCCCAGCCGCACACUCCAUGUCCAGGCAGCCCUGAACCUGGCGCAGACCACCCGCUGCUGCAGAGAUUGAAGGCGGCAAUUACGCUUACCACUGCCCAUGAACCACAUGAUAAAGACGGCCAUGAGCAGCCGCCACCACAACCAUCGCCUUCGCAGCAACAAGAAACAGACCACCUACAUCAUGUCCAUCACCUCGGCCAGGACGAGAGCGUUCAUGCGCCUGAGAGCAGCCCAUCUUUGGUGACGGAGGGUUCCGCUGACAGUGCGGACGAGCAGCGGCCCAAAGAAACUGGAGACAACUCGGGUAUGGGUGCCCACAAGCCACACACCAACGCUGACUCGGCCGCGCUGGUGUUACCUGCACCUGCACCUGCUGCUGCCGCUGCCGCUUUUGACCGACGUUCAGCUAGCGGCGACCUUGGACCGACAGGAAACGAUCUGCGCCCAUCAACGAACACUACCGUGACCACCGCUGCCAACACCAUCAAUCUCCCAAGCAUCAAUGAAAAUCAGGCCUUGCCUGCCGCUGCCUUGUCGGAACCUCACGCCGUCGACGAACAUAAGCAAGACCAAAAGCCAUUUCCCCUGCCGCCGCAAUCCCCACCCCCUCCAACUGUAGUCGUCGAGGCUGACCCUGCCCUUCACCACAACAUCGACAGUCUUGGCCCCCUCAGCUAUGCCAUCGGCACCUCCACGCCACUUGUUGCCGCCGUCCUACCGACUUCACCAUCGUCGCCCAGGCCAGACGGGCCUCCUCGCCGCCAGAGCCUCCUGCCCAAUCGCCAGACUACUUUAAUCCGCACCUUGCUCGACGCCGCGCAGACGAACCACGAAGUCGAUCCCUCCGCAGCCGAAGCGCUGCUUCCUAUCAACGGAAACAUGGUCACCCGAAAGGUUUGGGUGAGGCGCCCUGGUGCCUCUCCUACUCUCAUUACCAUCAAUGAGGAUGAUUUGGUCGACGACGUGCGCGAUAUGAUUUUGAGAAAAUACGCCAACUCUCUGGGCAGACACUUCGACUCUCCCGACCUAACAUUGCGCAUCUGCCCACGGGAGCAGAGGCAGGACCGCCUACUAGGCCCCGAAGAACCCAUGGGUCGUACCCUCGAUGCGUAUUUUCCGGGCGGUCAAAUGGUCGACGAGGCCCUGGUCAUCGAUAUACCCAGCAGACGUACACCGAGACCUUCUCCUCGGGCCCCAACCCAUGCCACAGCUGUCUAUUACGCCGAUGAAGGUAGGCCAUCUGAGGCUGGCGAGGGUUAUUUUCCUCCUAUUGCCGCCUUCAAGGACGCACUCGAACGCAUCGGAGCAAUCGGCUACAGCACCGGUGGCACCGCCACUUCCAACACCACCUGCUCCAGAAGUUCAGCAGGUGCAGAGAGUGGCAACUCCUCCGCCAAGAACAGCGUCGCCUCGUCCGGCAAGUUCUCGGCCGAAGAAGACGAAGAAGAAUAUGGAUCAUCCAACUCUGCCAGCCGGCAUACUGAACGGCGGGGUGCCGCCUAUUAA